CGUUCUCUUUGCAUUAUCUCGUAUUGAUUCAAGUCGCCUUGUUUGAACUGCUGCUAGAAAGCUCUUCCACACUGUAUAACAACUCCCGCUUUUCCGGUUCCCACAUCCCGGUGCGGUAGCGUUUGCAACUUUGCGGAGAGCGUUACCCACACAGAACACACGGAUAUAUCGGCAAUGCGGAAUGAUCCACGACACCAUGACUUUUUCGGACUAACUUUGGUCACUAGAACAGAAUCCGUCACUGUGAUAAGGAUGGCUUCCCUCAACGCGUGUCGCGUGCUCGGUUCGCCUCGCGCUCGUUCAUGAGCGCAACAGUCAAGAAUGGGGACACCAGCAAAAGUCUCGAUGGACGAUCCCAAAAAGGAAGAACAGAAGAUAAACACGCUCACUCAAGAUGUCGAGAAAGGUACUGAGGAGGUCACACUUCAAAGAACAGUUUCGGGGCCGCCUUACUCGAUAUUCACUCCUCGUAUGAAGAUAUGGAUAAUCUUCCUUGUGAGCGUGUCGGCUUUAAUAUCUCCAUUUGGGGCCACGUUGUUCUACCCUGUGUUGAAUGUUCUUUCUGACGAACUGCACGUCACGCCGACCAAGACGAACAUUGCCAUCACGACUUAUAUGAUCGCCCAAGCCAUUGCUCCCGCCCUUAUCGCUGGCAUGUCCGAUGCGAGUGGCCGCAGGCUGUCAUUUAUAAUAUGUUUCGUGAUAUUCAUUGCCGCAAACAUUGGCUUAGCCCUUCAGACUAACUAUAUCGCGCUACUCUUAUUACGAUGCGUGCAGGCUUUUGGUUGCAGUGCUGCCAUAGCAUUAUCGAUCGCUGUAGUGGCUGAUAUCUCGACAUCGGCAGAGCGCGGUACAUAUAUGGGCUACGCAACAGCGGGUAUUCUCUUUGGUCCAGCCUUUGGUCCCACUAUCGGAGGCAUACUCGCGCAGUAUCUAGGGUGGAGGAGUAUCUUCUGGUUCCUAGCUAUCUUUGCUGGGGUUCUGCUCGUUAUAUUCACCUUCUUCUUUCCAGAAACAUGUCGAGCCGUUGUGGGCAAUGGUUCUAUUCCUCCUACUGGUAUCAACCGAUCCGUCUUCAGCUAUCUACAAGAGCGCAGACAACGACAGGAAUGUAUGACCGACGAGAUGGGAGCAUCGCCACCCGGGAAAAGAAAGUUUACGUUCCCGAACCCACUCAUGACCCUUCGCAUACUUGGUGAAAAGGAAUCAUGCAUCCUUCUUUUAUACAACGGGUUCUUCUUCACGGGUAUGAUGGUGGUUUCAGCCGCACUUCCGGACCUUUUCAAGGAAGCUUAUGGCCUGGACGAGCUCAAGAUCGGCCUGUGUUACAUCUCAAUCGGUACAGGCUGCCUGGUCUCGUCACUGACCAUGGGGCACGUCGUAGAUUGGAACUUCAGACGCCAUGCAGCGCUGAACGACAUGCCUAUAACGAAGGGCAAGCAACAAGACAUUCGGAACUUUCCCAUCGAGAAAGUCCGACUCCAAGUCGGCGCUCCUGGUCAUUUGAUAGGGACUCUAUCUUUGAUAGCUUUCGGCUGGACAGUGAAGUACAAGACGCACAUCGCGGGACCGGAGAUUGCUUUGUUCUUCAUGGGCUUCGGAACGUCCACAGCGUUCAACCAGACAAACACCCUGCUCAUAGACCUUCACCGGAAUCAAGCGGCUACCGCGACGGUGGCCAUCAACUUCGUGCGCUGCUUAAUGAGCGCAGCCGGCUGUGCGGCGAUCAUUCCUAUGUGUCAUGCAAUGAAUCCGGGAUGGGCGUUUACGUUGCUCGGAUUAGUGUAUGCUGGAUUGAUAAGUGUCGUAUUCUGGAUCAUGAAGAAUGGGAUGAGAUGGAGGUUGAAGGGUGAAGAGAAGAAGCGUUCUACUAAAAUUGGGCAAUGAGAGAUACACCAUUUCAUACAAAAGUAAGGACACAGAAUGAACCGCAACCCACUCGCUCGGCCCAUGUUGUAGUCUUACACAGUAGCACACACAUUGUGUUUUUGCGCGCCAUAUCCUCUUCCAUUGUUCUGCCUGGUUCAUUUUUGAAACAAGCAGCAAAAAAAUCAUGGAAACUAUUGAACCAAGUGUGUUCAGUCCCAAGAACAGCGUCA